AACCAUGCUGCUGAAGGGAUCCCUGGUCGCCAUACUUCAUCUUCUGCUUCACACUUUGUUCAGUUUUGAGCUAGUUCAAGGUUCAGUUCAAAACAAAAGUGUUCACCAAUCAAACUCUCAUCGACAAAAGAGGCUUUUCAGUCUCUUCAAUAUUGUUCAGUUCCAGAACGGUCCAUGCACAACUACUUCAAAUGCCGACACAACUGGAACAUGUUUGAGCACUCAAGAAUGCAACGCUCAAGGCGGAACGAUGGAUGGAAAUUGCGCUUCAGGGUUCGGCGUUUGUUGCGUUUUCAUUGUGACCGGAUGCAAUGGAGUUGUCAACCAAAAUUGCACAAUGGUUCGGAACAUGGGAUUUCCGGCAGCAGACCCCAACAACGGCCGGACUUGUUCAAUUUCCAUAAAUCGGUUAUCGCAAGAUAUCUGCCAAAUCAGAUUGGAUUUUCAGUCAAGAACUGUCAUACCACUGGGAGCUGGACAAGGUGUUUGUGGUGGAAUUGGAGACACUUUGAAUGUGAUAAGUCCUCAUUCUGGAUCCCAAAGUGCCUUCCCUCCGACGAUUUGUGGCACUCUCACCGGACAACACAUGUAUUUUGAGAGCGGAAGAUCAGGCAUUUUGGCCGGCCAAAUAAAUAUCGUUCAAGGUACCGGAGUCAAUAGUGACAGACGCUACAACAUUAAAGUAUCCUACAUAGAGUGCACCAGUAUUGUUCGGGCGCCAAGUGGUUGUACACAAUACUUCAUUGGCUUGGCGGGAACCAUCAUGUCCUAUAACUUCCCAGGCGGACAAAUACUUGUGGACCAACUCUACACCAAUUGCAUCCGUCAAAACGAAGGUUAUUGCUCAGUCCGAUAUGCAGAGUCGCCGAUUACAACACCUGACCCAUUUGAUUUGACGGCAGACGUGAGAGUUAGGAUUGCUUGCGAUAGCGUGAAUCAAAUUUCUAUUCCAAGUUCCAUUUUGGUGCCAGAGGAAGGAGGCAAUAUUCGUAUUGCACCAUCCGUGAGAUGCGGCACGAUUUUUGGAGGACUCGCUCGAUCUACAAUCCCUUCAACCCUGACUUCUGAAAGGGGAGUGCCUUUCGUAGUUAACGUUCGCACCAGACCCGCCUUCACAAACAACGCAUUUUCCGGUUUCAGCUUGGACUACACCCAGAUUCCGUGUUAAUCUGAACUUACUUAUGAGCAAACUUUUAAAUGCUAACCACACCCACAGAAAAUGAACCAAUCUGAUUUGGAACCGGCAAUGCCCGUUGGAAAAAAGGACGAUGUGAUGGCAUGGCUCGACCCUCCGACUCUAUCUAGCAAUGACCAAUAUUAAAAUAAUAAUCUUCCAAAUAAUGUCUGCUUUGGUAUUCAAAGCUCUAAACAACAACAAUAAUCAUUUUACAAUGUCAGGACUCAAUAAUAAAUGCCGA